AUGAGAGAAAAAACAGCAUUGCUAGCUCUUAUACCAAUCCUCUCCACAAUUUUUGUUCUACUAUUUUCAGUAACCAAUUUCUCAAAACUAGCAACAAAACACCAAACAGAACAUCUCCAUUUCCAAAACCAUCUCCAAGUAGCCAAUUCAGCAUGCCAAGAAACACUUUAUCCAAACCUUUGUGUCUCAACUUUAUCCACUUUUCCAGAUCUUACCUCAAAAACAAUCCCACAAAUGAUUUCCUCUAUCCUCAACUUCACCAUAAAAGAAGUUAAACAAUCCUCUUCCAAUGUCACCGGUCUCCGAGUCCGAACCAAAAGUCUCAAAAAAACACUCGACCAAAGAGCUCUUGAAGAUUGCGCGAAUCUAUUCGACACUACAAUUGAAGAACUCAAAACAACCAUUUCCGAUCUCUCUCAAGCUCCAACCACAAUAGCUUCCAACAAUAAACGCGACUGUCAGACGCUACUCAGCGGCGCAAUGACGAAUAUGUACACAUGUUUGGAUGGUUUUGCUUACAGUAAAAGUAACGUGAGACACAAAAUCGAGAAUAGGUUGUAUGAUAUUUCCAAACACGUUAGUAAUUCACUUGCCAUGUUGAAGAAAGUCCCCGGAGUGAAAUCUAAAACUUCGAACUCCGAGGCUUUCCCAGAAUACGGUGAGGUGAAAGACGGGUUUCCGUCGUGGCUGACCACGAAAGAUCGGAAGCUACUACAAGUUGCAGUGAAUCAAACCAAAUUCAAUCUUGUGGUUGCUAAAGAUGGAACAGGAAAUUUUACCACUAUAGGAGAAGCAUUGUCUGCAGCUCCAAAUGCUAGCGCGACUAGGUUUGUGAUAUACAUAAAAACUGGGGCAUAUUUUGAGAAUGUGGAAGUGAUAAGGAAAAAGAGUAAUUUGAUGUUAGUUGGAGAUGGAAUUGGAAAAACAGUUGUGAAGGCAAGUAGAAAUGUUGUAGAUGGGUGGACCACUUUUCAAUCAGCUACUUUUGCUGUUGUGGGAGACAGAUUCAUAGCAAAGGGUAUAACCUUUGAGAACUCAGCCGGAGCUAGCAAGCACCAAGCCGUGGCCGUGAGAAGCGGCGCCGAUUUCUCAGCCUUCUACCAAUGCAGCUUCGUUGCUUACCAAGACACUCUCUACGUCCACUCCCUCCGCCAAUUCUACCGCGAAUGCGAUGUUUAUGGCACGGUAGACUUCAUCUUUGGCAACGCGGCCGUAGUUUUUCAAAACUGCAACCUAUACGCGCGCAAACCCGAUCCAAACCAAAAGAACCUAUUCACUGCUCAGGGCAGGGAAGAUCCUAACCAAAACACAGGAAUUUCAAUCCUGAACUGUAAGGUUGCGGCCGCUGCGGAUUUGAUUCCGGUAAAAUCAACGUUCAAGAGUUACCUCGGCCGUCCUUGGAAAAAAUAUUCAAGGACGGUUUAUCUUAAUUCUGUUAUAGAGGAUUUGAUUGAUCCGGCCGGAUGGUUGGAGUGGAAUGGAACAUUUGCAUUGGACACAUUGUACUAUGGGGAGUAUAAGAAUCGGGGUCCGGGAUCGAACACGAGUGCUAGGGUUAAUUGGCCAGGUUAUAGAGUUAUUACUAAUGCAACUGAGGCAAGUCAGUUCACUGUUAGGCAAUUUAUUCAAGGCACUGAGUGGUUGAACUCUACUGGUAUUCCAUUUUUUCUUGAUUUGAGUUGA